UUCCUGGGAUACGUUGGCGGAAUACACAAGCAUAUACAAAACAAUAAAUAGUUUGUGAAUUUAAUAUUUACACUUCGUGAAGAUUGCUCUUUUUGUAAAGAGAGAGACAGAGAUAUGGCUUCUGAUACAUUCGAGGUUCUGCUUCAAGGUGGUUCUCCUUGGGGUUUUCGCUUGCAAGGAGGAAAAGAAUUUGGAGCGCCACUUUUGAUAGCAAGAGUUACUGAUGGAAGUAAGGCUGAAAAAAAUGGAAUUUUGGUUGGUGAUGUGUUGAUAAGCAUUAACCAUGAGUCAUGUGAAACUAUGACCCACACUAAUGCUCUCAACUAUAUCAAGAAAUCUGGCAAUGAGCUUCAUCUUACAUUAGACAGGCGCCCAUUUGAUAGCAAUGAUCCUUACGCAUACAAGUCUCUGCCACGUGGUACGAAAUUAACCAAUGGCGACGUACUGAAAAACAGCAAUUAUAGCAACAAAACGGAAUACAAAAGUGUUGAAAGUUAUGCAACCCUCCCUAGAAAAAAACAGUCGAAAAAUUCUUAUGUGGAGCAAACUGAUCUUGAUGAUCACGUGGAUGGCGAAAGACCGGAUUCUUUAGGUACACGCUCCUCAUCGGGUGUGUCUUCAAAAUAUACUGAAGAUGAUGACGAAUUGCUACCGAAAGCUAUUGGUGUUAUAUCACCCUCCAAUGAUCAAUGGUCACCCGACUUGAUAUCAGAUGCAGUACGACCACCUCAACCAAUCAAGUUGAUUUCCGAACCAGAUUCUAAAUCAAUAAAAUACUCUACAGACGCGCGUAUUAAAUCACCAACAACCAUUCGUGGUUUUACAGAUAAACCCUCACCUGUGGGUCGUGGGGCCAGAAGAAAUUUUGAUGAGGAAAAUACGGAUUCCGCCGAUAAUCAUGAGUUGCUCACUUCUGGUUCAUCUUACACCGAAGAUAUCCCAUCGGAUGACGACGCAGCGGCUGAAAAGCCAUACCGAAGAUACUCUUAUCACGGUUCUGUCUUGAAAGACAACGAUGAUCGUAAAAACAACGACACUACAGAACGUCCGGUAUUAAAUAUAAUUUCAUCUUGUUUUAGAAUAUUUUUCAUUUGUACAUUGUUGCUACUUGUAAAUUCAACAAAAUAUUUACGAGAAACAAAGAUCAAUGAGCUUAAAUAUUAG